UGUGUGUAUGAGUGAACGUGUGAGAGAGGGAGCCCUGUGUGCAGCACUGUGCUAGAGGAGUUGGCAGAAACGUGUGAACCGCUGAACUCCUGCUUGCAGCUUGCAGCAGCCCUCAAUGGGGAGGAAGAAGCGCGCGGCGCUGUAAAUAACCCAUCUGCUUUAACGGAACUUGAGUCCGUCAGUGCGGGCUGCCACAUCCCUGUACCCGGACACCUCUCAAUCUCAGCAGCACCGCUGAAAGAGCGCGCUAGAGCGAGACACCUCGGCCAGAGAAGAAAGAGAGAAGUCUCGGAAGGAAAGUAGGCAGCGCGUGAGGAGUGAGCUUUAAGCGGCUGUGGGAGAGGAGGCACUCCAGCUUGCAUGGCAUACACAAUGGGCUCAGGGCCCAACGCCGGCCCUGCCAUUGGCCCUCAGCACUGUGUCACCAAGGUGGAGCUCUCCGUGUGCUGCUCGAACCUGCUGGACCGCGACGUUGCCUCUAAGUCUGACCCAUUCUGCGUGCUCUUCCACGAGGUGGACAGUAACUGGGUGGAGCUGGGCCGUACAGAGACAGCGGUGAACAAUCUGAACCCUGUGUUUGGAGUGAAGUUCCAGGUGGACUACCACUUUGAGGAGGUCCAGAAGCUGAAGUUUGCCAUGUUUGAUGAGGACAAGUGCAGCAGCCAGCUGUAUGAGCACGACUUUCUGGGAGAGUUCAUCUGCACGCUGGGAGUGAUUGUGUCCAAUAAGAAACUUCAUCGGCCUCUUAUCCUGGCCAAUGGCAAACCAGCGGGAAAGGGAGCCAUCACAAUAACAGCCCAGGAGUUAUCAGACAACAGAAUAAUCACCCUUUCCAUGUGUGGGAGAAAGCUGGAUAAAAAAGAUUUCUUCGGUAAAUCAGACCCUUACUUGGAGUUCCACAAACAAGGCGAGGAUGGAAAAUGGAUGUUGGUCCACAGAACAGAGGUGAUUAAGAACACUCUGGACCCUGUAUGGAAGCCGUUCACUGUGCCACUGAUUUCUCUCUGCAAUGGUGAUGUGGACAGAAACAUCAAAGUGGUAUGCUAUGACUAUGAUAACGAUGGAGGCCACGACUUCAUUGGAGAAUUUCUGACCACAGUCACCAAGAUGAGUGAAGCACAGAACGCAGUAGAGGUGGAGUUUGAAUGCAUCAAUCCGAAGAAACAGAAGAAGAAAAAGAACUACAAGAACUCUGGAAUCAUCAUUCUGAAGUCCUGCAAGAUUACGAGGGAUUACUCAUUCUUGGAUUACAUCCUGGGCGGCUGUCAGCUUAUGUUCACUGUUGGCAUUGACUUCACAGCUUCAAAUGGGAACCCCAGGGAGCCGUCCUCACUACACUACAUCAACCCGAUGGGCAGCAAUGAGUAUCUCUCUGCCAUCUGGGCCGUGGGACAGAUCAUACAGGACUAUGACUCAGAUAAAAUGUUUCCUGCACUCGGAUUUGGUGCUCAACUCCCGCCUGACUGGAAGGUGUCCCAUGAAUUUGCUAUCAACUUUGACCCUACCAAUCCAUUUUGCACAGGUGUUGAGGGCAUUGUUCAGGCGUAUUCCGCCUGUUUACCUCACAUCCGCUUUUAUGGACCAACUAACUUCGCCCCCAUAAUCAACCAUGUGGCGCGCUUCGCCUCACAGGCCCUGCAACAGGACACAGCAGCGCAAUACUUCACGUUGCUGAUUAUUACCGAUGGCGUGAUCAGUGACAUGGACGAGACGCGCCACGCGAUAGUACAAGCUGCCAAACUGCCUAUGUCCAUCAUUAUUAUUGGAGUGGGCAAUGCCGACUUUGCAGCAAUGGAGUUUCUGGAUGGAGACAGCAGCGUAUUACGUUCCUACACUGGAGAAGAGGCGGUCAGGGACAUAGUGCAGUUUGUCCCAUUCAGGGACUUCCGCAAUGCUCCGAAGGAAACUUUAGCCAAAUCAGUAUUGGCCGAGCUGCCUCAACAGGUUACCCAGUAUUUCAAACAGAGGAACCUGUCGCCUAGAAACACGAUGCCGGAGUGAAAGUUUGAAGCGUGGAGUUCACACUGCAUGUUGCCAAAAUCUACUUACUGUUUACAAAAAAAAAAAAAAAAAAAAAAAUCCUUGACCAUUCUGAUGGACAAAGCGCAUGCCUUUCUAUAAAUAAUUGUUUUUAAUAAAUAAAUGUUUUUAUUUAUUGGUUUUACAUAUGCCAAGUUCUAAAACAAGAUGCAAUGUAAGGUUGUGUGUGUGUCAGACACUAACUCCUCUAAUGCAGGGGUUCUCAACUCCAAUCCUCAGACAAACGGGAGCAGCUCAUAACCAAGCAGAGUGUGUUGGAAAAAGAGAACCUUCAAACUCAAAAGGCACUGAGAACUAGAGAUGAGGAACCCCUGCUAAAUAUUCAUAGAGGGGCUGAGAACCUUUGAAUGUAUAUUAUAUGUUUUAAGAGAUAUUAUCUUUCAUAUUUGUAAUCUUUUCUGUAGUGCUUUGUAAUUUGUCAGUUGUAUAGUACCAUGGUCAAGGUGAUGUUUUUUGCUUUUAUACAGUUUGGUCAGUCUUUUUUGUUACAGUACUCAGGUCAAUAAAUUUCACUUGAGGUGUUGCUAGCAGUGAAA